CUGCGCCUUAUCUAGAGAUACCCUCCCCCCACCCCCACCUCCACCAGCAACUGCUUCUGCCCUCUUCAACUAGCCUUCUGUUCUUCUCUCCCGUCUUAAAAACUCCCCUUUCUCCCUUUGCGAACUGUCGCCGCUCACACAUCAAACUAUCUCGCUUCCACUCCCGUCCCCAUCUGUACCGCCAUUAGCCAUCACCCGCUUCGUGUCUCACUCUCGAUCGGCGGUCCCCGUCCCCCGCACUCAUCACUCGCUCCAUCAUCUCCAGCGAAUACCUUCCACCAAGUCCCGAUCUCACAGCCACCACCCCCGCCGGAACGGUCCCCCUUCCAUCUCCCCGUCUAAACACACCUACCUACCGCAGCCAUGGCGGCCAAAAAGCAAGAACACAACCUGAUCAUGGUCAGCAACCGACUGCCCAUCACCAUCAAGAAGAAGGACAGCGGCAACUACAACUACAGCAUGUCGUCCGGCGGACUCGUCAGCGGCCUGUCGGGAAUGACCAAGACGACCACCUUCAGCUGGUUCGGGUGGCCAGGGCUGGAGCUGCCCGAGGAGGACAUCGGAAGGGUCGAGGCGGAGCUUAAGGAGCAAUACAACGCUGUGCCCAUAUGGUUGCCCGAUGAGAUGGCCGAUAGGCAUUAUAACGGUUUUUCGAACUCAAUCCUGUGGCCGCUGUUCCAUUACCACCCGGGCGAGAUCAGCUUUGACGAGAGUGCGUGGGUCGCCUACCGCGACGCAAACAGGAUCUUUGCCAGAGAGGUCGCGAAAUCCGUCAAGGAUAACGACCUGAUCUGGGUCCAUGAUUAUCACCUCAUGCUCAUGCCUGCCAUGCUCAGGGAAGAGCUGGGUGAUCGAGUCAAGAACGUCAAGAUUGGCUUCUUCCUUCACACCCCCUUCCCUAGCAGUGAAAUUUACAGGAUUUUGCCAGUGCGAGAGGAGAUUUUGAGGGGUGUGCUGCAUUGCGAUCUCCUGGGAUUUCACACCUUUGACUAUGCGAGACACUUCUUGAGUUGUUGCUCGAGGAUAUUAGGCCUCACGACCACCCCCAACGGCGUCGAAUACGAAGGUAAGCUGCGCACCGUUGGUGCCUUCCCAAUCGGAAUCGACCCGGAGAAGUUCGCCGAGGGACUGCAAAAGCCCUCGGUCCAAGAGCGAAUCGCGCAGCUGGAGAAGAAGUUCCAAGGCGUCAAGCUCAUCGUCGGAGUCGACCGUCUGGACUACAUCAAGGGCGUCCCGCAGAAGCUGCACGCCCUCGAAGUGUUCUUGAAUGAGCACCCGGAGUGGAUCGGGAAAGUUGUGCUCGUCCAGGUCGCUGUGCCGAGUCGUGGCGAUGUGGAGGAGUACCAGAAUCUUAGGCAGGUGGUAAACGAGCUGGUUGGACGUAUAAACGGAAGCUUCGGCUCGGUCGAGUUCAUGCCGAUACAUUUCAUGCACAAAUCCGUUGCUUUCGAGGAACUGAUCGCCCUCUACGCCGUCUCCGAUGUCUGCCUCGUCAGCUCUACCCGUGACGGGAUGAACUUGGUAUCGUACGAGUACAUCGCCACGCAGCAGAAGCGACACGGAGUGAUGAUCCUCUCCGAGUUCACUGGAGCAGCCCAGAGUCUUAACGGCAGCAUCGUCGUCAACCCGUGGAACACUGAGGAGCUCGCCAAUGCCAUCCACGAGGCUAUCACCCUCCCCGCGGACCUCAGGAAGGCGAACCAUGAAAAGCUAUAUGCUUACGUUACGAAAUAUACAAGUGCGUUCUGGGGCCAAUCGUUUGUCGGGCAGUUGACGUCGAUUGCGGAUCAGGCCAGGAAGAAGGAAGAUACGGAAGCGAAGGAAGCAGCCGCCGCGAGCUCAUAGGAGAUUGGCGUUGAUUCGGGGGUGGAGUGGUGGGCGCUUAAAGCCAUAUCGAAUAUCGUGGCAGCGGCCCAGGGAAGCCGGAAUGAACUUUAUCUCUAUUUUCUCUUUUUCUUUCUCUUCUUUUUCUGCGGAGGUAUUGUGCUGGCCGGAUUUCGUCUUUAGGACAACGAUAGUUAGACUUGUAUUCGCUUGCGAGGUAGAAUGAUUCUCUACCAUGUGGUGCAAAGAUAUUCUUCAGCGUCGUGAAGUCAGCGGUUAGCUAGAUAUAUCGAUAAUUGUACGUACCAUGCCAUAGCGUAAAACCGGGAGUGUUUGAGAUGCAGCGCUUUCGCUAGCGCUCGGCCGGCGUGUCGUCGUAGAGGAACAGUGCCAGGGGGGCAAAAAAUAGAGCGAUG